AUGACCGACGGCCAGGGCGACGGCCAGUUCUACAGCGUGCAGGUGGCCGACUCCACCUUCACCGUGCUCAGGCGCUACCAGCAGCUGAAGCCCAUCGGCUCGGGGGCGCAGGGCAUCGUUUGCGCUGCCUUUGACACGGUCCUGGGGAUCAAUGUCGCCGUGAAGAAGCUCAGUCGGCCUUUUCAGAACCAGACCCAUGCCAAGCGGGCCUACCGGGAACUGGUUCUCUUAAAAUGCGUCAAUCACAAAAACAUAAUUAGUUUGUUAAAUGUGUUUACACCACAGAAAACCCUAGAAGAAUUCCAAGAUGUGUACUUGGUGAUGGAACUAAUGGACGCUAACUUAUGUCAGGUCAUCCACAUGGAGCUGGACCACGAGAGGAUGUCCUACCUGCUCUACCAGGUGCUCUGUGGGAUCAAGCACCUGCACUCGGCCGGCAUCAUUCACAGGGACCUGAAGCCCAGCAACAUCGUGGUGAAGUCUGACUGCACGCUCAAGAUCCUGGACUUCGGGCUGGCGCGGACGGCCUGCACCAACUUCAUGAUGACGCCCUACGUCGUCACGCGCUACUACCGUGCCCCCGAGGUCAUCCUGGGCAUGGGCUACAAGGAGAAUGUGGACAUCUGGUCAGUUGGCUGCAUCAUGGCAGAAAUGGUCCUCCAUAAAGUCCUGUUCCCAGGAAGAGACUAUAUUGAUCAGUGGAAUAAAGUAAUUGAACAGCUAGGCACACCAUCAGCAGAUUUCAUGAAAAAACUCCAACCCACGGUGAGGAAUUACGUGGAGAACAGACCAAAGUACCCGGGCAUCAAAUUCGAAGAGCUAUUUCCAGACUGGAUAUUCCCGUCAGAGUCGGAGAGAGACAAAAUCAAAACCAGCCAAGCCCGAGAUUUGCUCUCGAAAAUGCUAGUGAUCGACCCCGACAAGCGCAUCUCCGUGGACGAGGCGCUGCGGCACCCCUAUAUUGCUGUCUGGUAUGACCCGGCGGAAGCAGAAGCGCCUCCGCCUCAGAUCUAUGAUGCCCAGCUGGAAGAAAGAGAGCAUGCCAUCGAGGAGUGGAAAGAGCUCAUUUACAAAGAAGUGAUGGACUGGGAGGAAAGGAACAAGAACGGCGUGGGCAAAGACCAAACUUCAGAUGCAGCGGUGAGCAGCCAGGCGUCUCCGUCCCAGUCGUCGUCCAUCAACGACAUCUCAUCCAUGUCCACGGAGCAGACGCUGGCCUCGGACACAGACAGCAGCCUGGAUGCGUCCACGGGGCCCCUGGAAGGCUGUCGGUGACAGGGGUGGCGGUCAGAG